GUACCACGCCCACGGAGCACAUACACACGCACUGAGUGAGCAGCACCUGCAUCUCACAUCGGCAACCUAUCUUUUCCCGAAAGAGGAGAACAGCUGCAGCAGCAGCAACAACAAUUCAUCGCUUCACCGCAGCAUCCCUCCCCCCUUCCCCACAGCAGCAGCAAUGUCGCAACCCGCCACGUCGAGCGGUGGGGUCGCCACGGACGGCGUUAUCAUCCCCAUUGAAACGAAGUACAUGUACAUCACCGCCAUGAGUGUGCCGCGGGAGACGAUGAUCAUGAAGGACUCGUGCGCCGUCUGCAACGGCUCGCUCGGUCACCCCUGCGUGAAUUGCAACUCCGUGCUCGACGACUGCCCGGUGGUGAUUGGCGCCUGCCGGCACGCCUUUCAUCAGCACUGCUUUGAGCGGUGGGAGAAGGCGCACGGCACCUGCCCAACCUGCCAGGAAGCGUGGCAGCAGGAGCGCAUUAUCCGGGCCGCGUAA